AUGUUCCCCUGCUGGUUCUUUGUGGCCAUGCUGGCCCAUAUGGGCCAGGCUGUUCAGCAAUCACCAGACACAGUUGUCCGAGUGGGAGACUCCGUGACUUUGAACUGUUCUCAAAAGGCAAAUGCAUUCUAUACCAUGUACUGGUACAAGUUGCCCAUGGAGAAGGAUGCCACUCUGCAGUUGGUUGUACACUCAGUGGAAGGUGGCAUGGCAGUGAUUGAGAAGGAAUUCAGAAAUCGCUUCCAGAGUGAUGGGACUAAGGACAAUCACUUGUCUGUGCAGAUACAUCAUGCCCUACUUAAUGACUCAGGCACAUAUUUUUGUGCUGAGCAAGACUCACAGCAUUAUGCAAACAUGACUUUCGGCGAUGGCACAAAGCUUACAGUAAUAGGGAAGAAUGAUAAAAUCAUACCUCCAGCUGUGGCCAUCUUUUCCCCAUCAAAACAAGAGAUCCAACAGAAGAGCAAGGCCACACUGGUGUGCCUGGCAUCUGGUUUCUACCCUGACCACCUGAAUCUGGUUUGGAAGGUGAAUGGUGUUCAGAGGACAGAAGGAGUGGGGACAGAUGAGUUUUCCACACACAAUGGCAGUACCUAUUCUUUGACCAGUCGACUGAGGAUCUCAGCCCAGGAAUGGUUCAACCCUCUGAAUCGUUUUGAGUGUGUUGCCAAUUUUUUUAAGAAUGCAACACUGGAAUCAAUACACAAGUUUGUCCGUGGUAAUGCUG